AUGAUUUAUGAUAAUACGAAAAGAGCUCAUGAACGUUUUCAGUCGUUAUUAAUGGAUCUACAUUUUCUCAAAUACUGUCGAUCUCAGGAUGUUAUUCCGAAAUUUCUUUGGUUCAAAACGGCGAACAAGGUGCUUUCACUUUCGUCAGCUUAUAAGGAAUGUCAAAGACGUUUACUGAACGCUGAAAUCAAUUCAAAAUAUAAAUACCUCAAUAUCCUGAAAAAAAAUUACUAUUUGUUUUUGGAUGAACUGAAAAAUAGUGUACCUGAUACUAUAUUUCAACAUGUUUUGGAGUAUAUUAUUGAUCGUUCACGUGCAGUAUUAUAUAAAAGGGAGAACAAAUUAAGAGAGAAGAUGAGUAGACAUGAACAACUUAAUAGAAAAUUUGAUCCCGUCGAUGGUAACGUCGUUAAGAACCUCUCUUCCCGUAUAUUAUCAAAUAAAGAAGUUGAAUGUCUCGCGCAUGGCUUAAACUACGGUCUUAUUCCUAGAAAGGUUGAUGAUAUUAACAUUAUUAGUAAUAUUGAAAAUUUUUUCCAUCGAGUUACUGAUAUUUCUCAACAUCAUAAGAAGCUGUUUUCUGAACUUAAGGAAAAAAAUACAAUUGUUGAUUCUGAUGUUCGUGUUAUUACUUCAAAAGAAUUGACAUUGGCAAAUAGUCUACGUUCAAUUACUGAUUCAUUUCGUUCUCAUGCUUAUCAUUUCGGACAAAUACAAAAUAGGAUCAAUGCUGAACAACAAAAAUAUCGUAAUAUAUUAGGAAAAUUAAAACAAGACAAGUCGAUUAUUGUUAUUCGUCCCGAUAAAGGCAGAGGAAUUGUUUUAUUAAAUAAAGGCGAGUAUUUAUCAAAGAUCCAUGUUAUACUUAAUGAUUCUAGUAAAUUUAAAUGUCUGUCAGAUGAUCUUACAAUUACCCGUGAAACUAAAUUAACAAAGUUGUUGAAUAGGUUACAUGAUGAAGGACACAUUUCCGAUCAAUUUUGGGUAAUGGCAAAGCCUACUGGUUCUAUUCCUGGACGUCUUUACGGAUUACCAAAAACACAUAAAAAGGAUGUUCCACUUAGACCAGUGCUCUCAGCAAUCGGGACGUUCAACUAUGGACUUUCUAAAGCUCUGUUACAAAUAUUGUCAAACAUCAUAAAAAAAAGAAUAUGA